UUUUAAAAACUAAGGAAAAUCAACUAAGGAACACUUUUUUUCACAGCGACAGUUAUUUCCUGAGCUGGAAUUCCCAUUUCCGAUUUGACUUUGAUUGCGCCUUGGAGAUAGAUGUUGUCAGAUGUUUUGAAAUUUUGACAUCUGAAUUGUGUAUUAGGAUUUGUGCUUAUAUUUGCAGAUCAUUUGUUUCAUAAUGACUGUGUACUGUUCCAUACGUAGUGGUGUAGCUGGUUUGAAUACUAAUAUUUUAAUAUUUGAAAUAUGUCAUAUGCCAAAGAUAUGUUCAGCGGUUAAAAGAUUUUUAUAAUGUAGCCUCAGAAAAUGUAUUAAUUUACAAGACUGAGAAUAGUUAUUGUCAUGUUUCAGGAAGAGCCUGAAUCAUCAUUAAUAAUCAAUGAUGAUGUAAAAGCCAAUGCAGAAAUAGAACCAUUACAAAAUACUAAUUCCUCAUCUUGUACUUGCCUGGAGAACUGGUGCAAUCGAAAGUGUACUCUCAAGUUACUUAAAAGAAGACUUCCAAUUGUCGUAUGGCUGCCAAAAUACAGUGUAGAAGAUCUGAAAGGGGAUUUGAUUGCUGGUAUAACUGUUGCCCUCACAGUUAUUCCUCAAGGUCUGGCUCUUGCUAUGUUGGCUGGUUUGCCGCCACAGUAUGGUCUGUAUACAGCAUUUAUGGGAUGCUUUAUGUAUACAAUAUUUGGGAGUUGUAAAGAUUUAACAAUUGGACCAACAGCUAUAAUGUCUCUUAUGACCUCAGAACAUACUGCAGCAGGUGGAGUUACAUAUGUUAUUCUGAUAACAUUUCUUUCUGGCUGCAUCCAGCUGCUCAUGGGAAUUUUAAACCUUGGAUUUUUAGUGACAUUCAUUUCUUCUUCUGUCGUCAGUGGGUUUACUUCAGCUGCAGCAAUCACCAUAGCAAUGACGCAACUAGCUGGUGUUUUUGGAUUAUAUUUUAAAUCUGAAGGUUUCACUGAAGAUGUUUAUCACUUUUUUAAUGGAAUAAAAGAUGGAAAUAUGAGAUAUUGGGAUAUGACCUUGGGACUAUCUAGUAUUGUCUUUCUUCUGUUACUUAAAUGUGGAAGCAAAAUAAAUAUUCAUUGUAAUACUUUUGCAUAUGCUGGCAGAAUAUGUGACACUCUUCUGAAAACUAUAUCCACUGCACGAAAUGCACUUCUUGUCCUUUUAUGUACUGGUAUUGCAGCAUUGCUAUUGUCGUAUGAUAUUGAUUCUUUGACACUGACACAAGCAGUGAAACCUGGAUUACCAUCAUUUGCGUUCCCAGCUUUUGAGUAUACAUAUUUUAAUAAUGCUACAAAUACAACGGUGCACAAGAAUUUUGCUGUUAUUGUGCAGGAAAUUGGAUCAGGACUAAUCAUUAUCCCUUUGCUUUGUUUAUUAGAAGCUAUUGCAAUUGCCAAGUCAUUUGCUAAAAGUAAAAAAGUGGAUGCUACGCAGGAAAUGAUUGCUAUUGGGAUCUGUAAUAUAAUGGGUUCAUUUGUUUCGGCAUAUCCAGCAACUGGUAGCUUUUCCAGGACUGCCAUAAAUUAUAGUAGUGGAGUUCGAACAACUGCAGGGGGAAUAGUGACAGGAAGUCUUGUAUUGUUAGCUUUGGGUGUGAUGUCACCUUAUUUCUGCUACAUUCCAAAAGCUUCACUUUCUGCAUUGAUAUUUAUGGCUGUUUUAAAUAUGGUACAUUAUAAGGAUGUUAUAGUUAUGUGGAAAACAAAUAAAUUAGAUUUGCUACCAUUUUCUGCUACUUUUAUAUUUUCUUUUAUCUUGGGAUUAGAAUAUGGAAUUAUAAUUGGGAUUGGAAUUUCCUUAGGCUUGCUUUUACUUCAAGAGUCAAGCUUGAAACUUUUGAUAGAAGAUAGAAAAACGUUCUUUGGAAAUUCAUUUUUGUAUGUGAAACCAGAUAGAACAGUUCUUUUUCCUUCAGCAGAAUGCUUACAAACAAGAAUUAUAAAAUCCAUUCCAGAUCGACCAGAUCAGAGUUCAUACUACAUAAUAAUUGACUGUGAGCAUAUUACAGCUGCUGACUAUACUAUGGCUAUGAGCAUGUGCAGUCUUAUAAAUAAUAUGAGAAACGAGGGUAUCAAAAUCAUUUUCAUCAAUCUUAGGAGCAAUGUACUGCAAGCAAUUGCUGGCACAAAACCUGUAGAAUUUCAUCAUCAUUUAUCUCAGGAAGAUGCUGAAAAUUUUAUUGAUGCGUUGUCCAUCUGCCGAAAUUCUCCGCCUGCUUACAGUGGAGAUGUUUCAAGACAUAGUUUGAGAAGUGAUGAUGUUAGUUUUGACAGCUGAUACUGCAAGAAAUUUCAUUUUAAGCGUUGUUCAACUAUCAGUUACACCAGAUGCUUCAUGUUUUUUAUCAAGCUUGCUUUCCUACUUUGCAGAAUGGUGUAUAAUCUGGAUACAUAUAGUAUUUUAAUUUUUCCACAUAUAAGCUUUUUAAGCAAACUGUGCGAACAUGAAGAUUUUUAUAUUUAUAUUAAAAUACAUUUUUAAAGGAAUUGUAAAAUUUUAUUAUUUUAUUCAGAGUUUUUGUUUUAUACAAUAGAAAUAUAUAAUUUAAACAUU